AUGGGUGCCUCAGCUCAGGCUAUCCAGCAGGCGGACCGGCUGGCGGUGAUCCACGCAUAUCGUCAUCUCUACCGACAGGGAUUGAAGGCGAUCAGGUAUUCGACCCCGGCCCGCCAUGUACUGGUGAAUUCCUUACGGGCCUCAUUUCGCUCUUCUCCCCAAGAGGAGCUGAAUCCCUCCAAAAUUUCGAAUACUCUACGCUUUCUCGAACGAGCCGCCGAAACGACAGGCAUGGAACACAAGAUUGUGCGGAAUCUGAUGCUAGCUCGGUUCUGGGAACGACCACAGAUUGCGAAAGAAUCCCGCAUUUUACGGAGUCUGGGACUUGGCAAGGAAGAGCACCAGCUACGGAAAGGCGCCUACGAGCAUUUUAACUCGACACUCACACGGGACUCGUCGACCUCGAUCUUGACCUCCGAGACCAAUCCGAUUCGCAGCACCGAGUCCUGCAUCCGUUAG